AUGACAACCGAAACAACUAUUGACAAAUUGCGUGACUUUUUCGCCACAUUUGGUCUUCCAGCGGUGCUGGUCACAGAUCGGGGAAGCCAAUUCACUUCUGUACAAUUCCAAGAGUUCCUGAAAAAGAAUGGUAUCGUUCACAAAAUGGGGGCUCCUUAUCAUCCGGCUACAAACGGCCAAGCCGAACGAUAUGUGCAAACAUUCAAGGAGAAAAUAAAGUCCCUACAAUGCUCACGGUCUGAAAUUCCAAAAGAACUGCACAACAUUCUCAUGGCAUACAGAAGAACAAUUCAUCCAGUGACGGGAAAGAGUCCUUCAAUGAUGGUUUUCGGUAGGCAGAUGAGGUCUCGCAUUGAUUUAAUGGUACCCAAGAGAGAACAAGAUCGUUCUGGUAGAGGCGAGGAUAAAAAGGUCCGUUCGUUUGAGGAAAAUGAUAGGGUUGCAGCAAGGGACUACUUAUCGCAUACGGAGAAAUGGAGGUUCGUGGUUAUCACUGAAAAGAUGGGGAAGUUGCACUAUAUGGUAGAACUCGACGAUGGUAGGGUGUGGAAACGUCACAUUGACCAGCUAAGACCGGGUCCAUUGAAUUAUGAAUCUCUUCCUCAGUUGCCUCACAUUCAGAGGGUGCGUUCGUUCGCAGCACCGUUGUCGCCACCAGAAGAGUGCGUACCUAAUGUAUAG